AAAUCAGAUUAAAAAUAUUUCUAAUCCAGUUCAUGCGGGCGGUCGUUAUGUCCGCCCUUGUUUUCCUCGCGUUUUGUGCUUUUCUUCGCGGCGCCUCGUCAGCUUGCCAUCCACCAAAGUAUGAACGUUAUCCAGACCACACCAUGUGUUUGAAGCCAAGAAACUGUGCCCCUGGAAAAGUUUUAGUGUCUCGCGACACACAAUUAUCGAUUUACGAUAAGGAUGCCCUGGUGAGGAUUCACAAUAAGCUGCGCUCAUUUGUGGCGACGGGGAAGUUGCCUCAUCACCCACCGGCCAAGAAUAUGAGAGAGCUGACCUGGGAUGACGAACUGGCAGAGGUGGCACAGAGAUGGGCUGAACAGUGCACCUUUGGUCAUGACAGAAACAGGAGUGUUGAGAGAUUUGCUGUCGGCCAGAACGUUGCGUAUGAGUGGUGGUCACCUGGGCCCGCACCAAUGAUAAUCUUAAGCUCCACGAUCGCCAUGUUUAACGAGGUGGACAAACCCGGAUACCCUGCUCCUUACAUUAGUCAAUUUCAGGUUGUGCCGCAAACCGGCCACUUUACGCAGAUUGUGUGGGCGGAUACGUCGCGGAUUGGCUGCGGCAGGUCGGUCUACAAUGAGACCAAAAACGGCAAGGUUGGCGAAACCAAACUGCUUGUGUGCAACUUUGGCAAGGCAGGGAACUUCAUCAACCAGCCUGUUUACGAGGCGGGAGAGCCAAAUUGCCCCGUGUUUUCCAAUCAUUACAAGGGUCUCUGCACAACAAAUAAGGGGAAUAAGGAAUUCAAGGACCCCUGCCAACUGGAGACAUUCAAGAGCCAUUACUUGGCGCUCUGCAAUGAUGAACUUUUCACCUCGCUUGGGUUUUUUGGAGCUAAAUACAAUCCAGAUCGAGACGACUCUCAUCCCAUUCUGCUCUCUCUGGGUUUGAUGCUCUUGGCUGCCGCCGUCAUGGGCCUGCUGUUUUGUAUGUAUAGGAGAUUCCUGCUGCUCUAACGGGAUGAAUACACGAAUUUCAGAAACAAAAUUGAAAAUAAAAGCAUUGUACUGGUGUACUUCUUUGAAAAUCACGAACUUUCAAAAGAAAAUAAUCAGACAUGAAAAUAACUAGUUUAUCAAAAUUUUUUGUGGGAUUUAAUUAAAUUUAACCUCAAAAGAAAUGAGAUUUUUGGUGUUUCUUGAGCCCCCUGAUGGCUUUCAAAGGGUCGACUUGC